CCGAUUUGCUAGGGACGCCAUUCGAUCGCUAGGUCGUAACCAUUUCUGACCUAUGCAAUGCGGCUGCUGAAUACACGAACAGGUGUCGUCAAGGAGUUCCACAACCCAAAGACGAUCCCUCCGUAUGCCAUCCUAUCCCAUGUAUGGCAAGAGGCGGAGCAAACACUCCAGGACAUAUCUAAUCCGGCGAACAUCGACCCAUCCAAUCCAUGGAAUCAUGUCUGCCAGAAGAUAACGGAUUGCUGCGUGUUUGCCGCGAACGAAGGCUUUGAUUGGAUAUGGAUCGAUACCUGCUGCAUCGACAAGACUAGCAGCUCCGAGCUGUCCGAGGCCAUCAACUCGAUGUACGCCUGGUACGCGGCAGCCGACGUCUGCUACGUCUGGCUGCAUGACGUCGAAGACACGCAUCCCUCCGAUUCCGGCUCGUUCUGUCAGAGCGUCUGGUUCACCCGAGGCUGGACACUCCAGGAGCUCAUUGCACCUCGCUAUGUCGUCUUCUUGUCCAAGAGAUGGCAUACUCUCGGCACUAAGCAGACACUCGCAUACCCCAUCAGCCUUGUCACGGGUAUCGACAUCGCCGUUCUCCUGCAGACGAUGGAGCUUCACCAAGUCAGUGUUGCUCGGCGUAUGUCAUGGGCGGCUACCAGGAGGACCACCCGUGAAGAGGACCGCGCGUAUUCGCUCAUGGGCAUCUUCGAUGUCAACAUGCCCACCAUCUAUGGCGAAGGAGGGCCGAAGGCCUUCUUUCGUCUCCAGGUCGAGAUACUCAAGCAGUGCCCAGACCAGAGCAUCUUCGCCUGGGGCCGUGUUUCCAUCGAUUACUUGACCGUGGUGUACACUUUGGUCCCGGCUGUCAUCCCGAAGGACUUGGAGCCCGAGGAUUCGUUCCCACGAUGCCUUCUGGCGCCAUCACCCGCCGAGUUCGAACACUCCGGCGACAUCUCAUCUAUCUCGUUGGACAUGCUCAGCGACCACCUGCAAGAUCCCAGUCUAGUUCCGCCAGAGUACAGCGUCACGGCCUAUGGCAUGCGAACCGCGUUUCCCGUCAUCGAGGUAUUCCCACCCGGACGCUCAGAGUCUGUCGUCUCCGCGGCCAUUCUCGCCUGCCAGGAUGUGCACGGGGACCUCAUUGUACUAUUCCUCCAUCAACGGCCGCGCCACUGGACAACCGCUACAGCGUACUUGCUGCAUCGCGUCGGAGCCGACUUGCGCACCGCGCACGGUCCUAGCCCGUCAACGCAGUACUACCGCGUCGGGCGACUCUCUCGUGAAAUCCUCAGGAUGUCCGUCAUCCUCAGCGGUAUCUCCGUACGGCCCCUCUACGUCGAACACACCCCUUCCGGCGUGACGUCUCUGCUAUCGAAGGCGUUGCCACCCACACGUAGCCGCAAUCGCGUGUCAUAUGCCUUCUUUUUCCCAGCUUGGUUGCAGGAAUGGGCUGGCAUCUCACCCAUAUUGGACGACCCUUCAGCAGUACAAGAUAGUGACGGAAUCAUGCUCGAACUCAUCCCGGGUGUACACGAUCAUCGGGCCAUCAUCUUCGCGAGUCGCGCCCCGUCGCUGUCGAACGACCCAUGCAACCAAGACAGGGGACCUCAAGGCGUGCGCUUCAGCAUGUACGCACACUGCUCAUGCGAAAGCAGUCCUUUGCAGCAUCCGAUGUCGAUCGCGGUCGACAUGAUGGUUCCCGAGUUCGAGACCGAGCGGCGCGCUACUGUCAGCAGGCACGGGCGUCGCAGAUCGCUCAGCGCAGUCCUCACAGACGACAAACAAUUUGCGCAGAUGAUGCUCAAUGUUCCCGCGAGUCCGUCUCCGAGCGAGCACGUAUGGCUUCCUGACGCCCUGGAGGGCGAACCUUCAGCGGACGGUUCUCCUGACCCCGGAGAUCCUUUUCCCGAACAGGCUUGGCAAUGCGCAAACAAGCGCACCCACUUGCCGACGGUCUCGAACCCCAACAUCCGAUUGAAGCUCGUCAAUGCGUUGGGCAAAGUGUCCGUCAAACUCAAGCGGUGGGAAGGCUGCCGUAAGACCAGGGCGACGUAUGUCUACAUUGUCGAGUUAAGGAUGGUCGGCCCAACUCAAGCACUAGAACCUCAGCGACAGGGCUCUCCCGACCUACACAGAUGGGGUCGUUCCAGAUAGCGGAGUGAUUAUGUACCCCGUGGAUGGUUCUGAAGAAAGAGUCAACGCAUUAGGGCUGGCUCGAUAUGCUGACGAGACUACAAAUGAUCACCACAUAGAUCCUCUGGGGCCGCUUAUUUUCAUCAACUCGGAAGAACAACAGAUGAGAGAUGGCACCGAAGACGGCGUUGAUCUGUCGCCACCGUCACCGACUUGGUCAACUUCCUCACUGGAUGAGGAGAUACCUAUACCAUUCUCCCACACGCGAAGACACUCGAGUCCUCAUCUCGAAGUAUACUCUCCUGGUUCUCUGAGGUCUCCUUCACCAUCUACCCGUUCCCGUCACGGAUCCCUCUCGGAAUAUCAUACACCCGAACCGCUGCCAUCUCCGUUCUUAUCACCAAGCCAUUCGCAUGCUCCCAGAUUACCCCGCACGUCUCUCUCUCCGUACCACUCUCCUCAUCCGUCCCACA